UGUCCAGCCUGUUGUCCAUCCGGUUCUUAAUCCAAAUUGCCUUCCGUUUUCUCCGCCGAGGAUUCGGCGAUUCUUUUUCGGCUCCCGUCGCUUUACUCUCCGCUUCAUUCCCUUUUUCCGUCGCCAGCGCUCCUCCACUUCGACUCCCGAUCGCUGCCGCCUCCUUCUGCUCUCCGAUCGAUCUGUCGAUUGAUCUCGCGCAUGAACAGGUCGUCCGCCGCGGCGGCGUCGCCCCGGAUCCGUCUCCACGUGCCAUCCCGAUCAUUUUGCAGUUUCUUUGCAGGAGCAAUCGGUCCAUUGAACAGUUAACAAUCAUCGUUAUUCUCCUAUAAAUAUGUCGGGGCCGCUAGAUCGUUUCGCUAGGCCUUGUUUUGAGGGUUUCUCAACUCAUGAUGAACGAAGAGAACGCAAAUCAGAUAUUGAAAAUUCUGAAGAUGAAAGGAGGACAAAAAUUGGUUCAUUGAAGAAAAAGGCUUUGGAUGCAUCAAGUAGGUUCAAGCAUUCUUUGAAGAAAAAGAAUAGGAGGAAGAAUGCCAACAGACUUGUUUCUAUUGAGGAUAUAAGAAAUAUUGAAGAACUUGAGGCUGUUGAUGUUUUCCGUCAAUCUUUGAUUUCAGAUGAACUAUUGCCUGUGAGGCAUGAUGACUAUCAUAUGAUGUUGAGGUUUCUUAAAGCAAGGAAAUUUGAUGUUGAGAAGGCAAAGCACAUGUGGGCCGAAAUGCUUCAGUGGAGAAAAGAAUUUGGUGUUGACACUGUUAUAGAGGAUUUUGAGUACUCCGAAUUAAGUGAAGUUCUGAAGUAUUAUCCUCAUGGCUAUCAUGGUGUGGACAAGGAAGGAAGACCGGUUUACAUUGAAAGGCUGGGGAAAGUUGAUCCUAACAAACUUAUGCAAGUGACCACAAUGGAGCGAUACGUUAGGUACCACGUGAAGGAGUUUGAAAAGAGCUUUUUAAUUAAAUUUCCAGCUUGUUCACUUGCUAUAAAAAGGCACAUUGAUUCAAGUACAACUAUUCUUGAUGUUUAUGGGGUGGGUUUGAAGAAUUUCAGCAAAACUGCUAGAGAACUAAUUCAGAGGUUACAGAAGAUUGACAGUGACAACUACCCCGAGACCUUGCACCGUAUGUUUAUUGUCAAUGCUGGCCCAGGAUUUAGGCUGCUAUGGAACACUAUAAAAUCAUUUCUGGAUCCAAAGACUACUUCAAAAAUUCAUGUUCUUGGAACAAAAUAUCAGAAUAAGCUGUUGGAGAUAAUUGAACCAAAUGAGCUGCCUGAGUUCUUAGGGGGUUCUUGCACCUGUCCAGAGCAAGGUGGUUGUCUAAAAUCUGAAAAAGGUCCUUGGAAGGAUCCUAAUAUACUGAAGAUGGUCCUCAAUGGUGAAGCACAAUAUGGUAGGCAAAUUGUGGCUGUUUCCAAUGGUGAAGGAAAGAUCAUUGCUUAUGCUAGGCCAUCCUAUCCAAAAAUAAAGGGCAGUGAUACAUCUACUGCUGAAUCUGGUUCGGAUGCUGAAGACCUCACUUCUCCUAAAGUGACAAGGGCUUAUUUUCCAAAUCCUCGCUUGACCCCAGUACAUGAAGAGGCAAAAUUGGUGAUGGUAGCUAGUUCCUCUUCUGCCUUUCAAGAGCAUGAUGAACAUGUUCCAAUGGUAGACAAGGCUGUGGUUGGUGGACUUAAGAAACAAGUUUCCAACAGAUUGGUAUAUGCACCUAAAGGAGGCUCCAUCUAUACGUCCACGACCGAAGGAGUCAAAGCUCAAAUGACUCUGCGUGUGAUGACCGUUAUCACAUAUCUCUUUGCACUGAUUUGUACAGCCUCCAGCCAUGUGUCAAAGAGGCUCCAGAAUAAAAUCUCUCAAACGCAUAGACGCAACCCUCUCCUUUUAGUGGACUCUAUGCCUGCUAUGCCUGAAGAGGAAUUCCGUCUUCUAUCAUCUGUUCCUGCAUCUGUAGAGGCUGACCUCCUUUCUUGCCUUACAAGGAAACUAGGAGAGCUGGAAGAAAAAGCAAAUGCCCUUCAAGCAAAACCUUUUGAAAUGCCCUCAGAGAAAGAUGAGUUGCUCAAUGCUGCUGUCUGUCGUGUGGAUGCACUUGAAGCUGAGCUUAUUGUCACAAAAAAGGCACUGCAUGAAGCUCUCAUGAGGCAGGAUGAACUUCUUGCGUAUAUAGACAGUCAAGAGGAGGCAAAGUUGCGGAAGAAGAAAUUUUUCUUUUGAAGCAAGACACUGUACUGUUCUCUCUUCAAGCACGCCAAGCUUGUUCUUGCUCCUGCAGCUUAAUGAACACAAGAUUUUGAUGUGAAUUGCUGGAAGCGCACGGCUACUGGCAAUAAUUGUGGGGGAAAAGACAUUCACAGAUGCAGGUGAAAAGCAAAAUACCUGAAGUCUUUACCUUAAAACUUUCCAUCACUUGCCAAUUCGUGGUUGAUGCAAAUUGGAGUUUAUCCAUCAUUUGGCAGAAUUAGAUCGAUAGUGGAUUUUAUCGAUAGUGAACAAGCAAUUACUUCGUUUCUCAAUUUUGCUUACUAUUUACUAUCAAUUUAUGAUCUCUUUCCAAGUAAUUAAAUGAUAUGGAUAUAGCUGACUUGGUAAAUACAAUAAUAACAAGUCUUGAUAGUCUUAA